AGCAGCAGUGAAGUAGCCUUCCUCGACCUACGAGCAGAGAGAUGAAACAGUCUAUUACUAGAGGGGCUUGAGUUCAGGAAUAUCUCUAUGGCCUCCAUGCUGUCCGAUCAAAUUAAGUGCGCUAUAUGUUUUGAGGACUUUAAAAAUCCGGUGAGCCUGCCAUGCGACCACACUUACUGCAAGCAGUGUGUUACGGCUUACAUCCGUAGGACUGGUCCUGGGCUGUGCCUGUGUCCAGAAUGCCGGCGUCCAUUUCAGAGGGAAGACCUGAGAGACUGCCGACUUCUGGAAAACAUCACCCGUGCUGCGAGAGACACCCUGGAGGCCGGUCGACCCCAGAGGAGCUCUGACAGACGGACGAGGGAGGAGGCCACAGGAGUGGUCAACGCGCUGCUCUGUCCCGAACACCAGGAGAAACUCAAGCUCUUCUGCAUGACUGAUGAGAAGCUGGUGUGCAUCGUCUGCAGGGACAGCGACAGGCACCAACGGCACCAUUUCACACCUGUGACUGAGGCUGCCGUCAUCUACAAGGAAGAACUGAAGGCAUCUUUGGACUUUGUGUAUACAGAGAGGAAUGAAUUGUGUGACCUAAAGCUGAAACAGACAGACGAGAUCAGGAAAACGAAGGAUAAGUCAAAAGGACAACAUGACCAGAUCACAGCCCAGUUUGCGAUGAUAUACGAGUUCCUUCGGCAGCGGGAGAGGGUGGCGAGGGAGCAGGUGGACAGGCAGGAGCGGAGCGCCCUGGAGCCCUUGCAGAGGAACGAGGCCGCCAUCGCUGGGAGGCUGAGGGAGACCGAGAGGCUGGAGGAGAGCCUGGAGUCUGGCCUGGACAUGGCCAAUCCCGAUGCUUUUCUGCAGUGGUGGAGUGACAAGGGACUAUAUCAAGUCCAAGAAAUGAAGCACAAAGGUGAUGAGACAAAGAGAAGCAUGUAUAAGUCCAGGACUGCUGGUCUCAAGGUUCUGCUUGAUCGCUUCACCCUUGGGCCUUAUGAAUCCUACACACCCAUCUUCAUCUGGAGGGAGAUGCUCAGGUGCUUGACGCAAGCUCUGGACGUCUUCGUCAGAGUUUACCCCAACAUGAACCUAUUCCUCAGUUGCAACGCUGGGCAGCAGGCCAUUAGCCAGGCUGUGUUCACCAGGCCAAAGAAGCUGGAUGGGGGCUACUGGGAGGACUGCAUGGAGAGCCUGCAGACUGGCCAGCGCUACUGGGAAGUGGACGUGGGCCAGGAGGCCAACUGGCAGUUGGGCCUGAGAGUGAAAGCCCAUCCACAAUGCGGAGCAACGUCUACUUGGGGAGAGGUGUGGUCAGAGGUGUGGUCAUCGUUGGUGUCGGCCCCCAAACCAAGGGAGGUGGCUCUGCUUCUGAAGAACAAUGUCGUAUUUGUGCUCCGGGAGACUGGGGAAGAAGUGCAGGUGGAUCUGCCUGACAGGCCCUGGAGGAUCGGCGUGUACCUGGAUUGCGACAGACGACAAGUCACGUUCUGCAAUGCUGACAACACAUCAGUCAUUUAUACUGUCUGGUGUAGUCCUUGAAUAUAAUAAACAUAGAUAUUGGUGUAGUCCUUGAAUUUAAUAAGCAUAAAUAUUGUGAUAUUGUGCAGUAUCAGCUAGAGCUCUCCUGUAGUCUUUUUCAUACUGUCUCUGUUCAUUGCCAUACAGUAUUUGUUAGCAUACAUUAGACAUUGCUUGAGCCAUGCACACAUUAUUCUGUGAUGGUUUAACUUGCUAGAUAUGGUAACUGGUGUGUUGGUUAAUUAUUUAAUCUGUAGUAUCUUACACUUGCUAUCUCCUCUUCUUCCCUUGACACCUAUCAGUUGGACUUUGUGGCCUAAAAUGCACAUGAUGUAAAAUCUCCCUGACAGCUGUUAGUGUGCAUCUUAUUUACAUUAUGAUCGGUUAAUUAAAAAUGUUCUCAUGGUGACAGCUUCCACAGCCUGUGUGUUAUUGUAAUCAUCAAGGAUGCUCACUCUGUUUCUGUUGGAUGAGGAUUUCCACAUUCAUGAAUGGUGACUCUGA